GCUGGCGGGCAUUAUUUGGAACACGAUGGGAGAAGACGUUCGGCUAAAGCAGUUGGUUUCUUCCCUCAAAAGCAGCCAGUGUGACUUGGAGACUGCAGUGAACGACUCUCUAAGCUACAUUAGAGAGGGCGGUGGUGGGGAGAAAGCUCACAGCUAUCUGUGCGCGGCUCUGCUACAGAGAGAAGGCGUGGGCGGGAAGUCGUGCAGCAAUCUUCUGAACUGCCUGGGCCCAGCGCCGGCUUUUCUGUCGGCCCACGCAAACCUUCCACGAGUAACUGUGAGCAAUGCUCGCUGGCUGGCCCGAGAACUGGAGUCUCUCAUCCACAUCUCAACUCUCACUUCACUUCUCUGCAGAGAAAGCUGUUCUUCCUCCCCCACCCUCUCCCCCAUCCAGCAGCAGCUCCUCUCUUCCCUCACCCACCUCCCAGACCUCCUGGCCAACAGACUGGGAUCCUCUCUCCCUCCCUCUCUCCUCCCCACCUCUCUAUUUACCCUCCUGGGCUGUGCUCUGCUUGCCUCCCUACACUCAAUACACUCUGAUGUAAAAGGUGGUGAGGACAGAUCUCUUGCAUUCCUGGGGGCUGUGCUGAGCAAGGCAGCCAUCUUAGGCCAGACUAGAACAAUUCUAUCCCAAUUAGUGCCCGUCUUACAGGACAAGUCACAAGACGACCCACUGUGGAGGCGUGUCUGCCACUCCCUCUUUUGCAGAGUCAACAGUUUAGCCAUGGAACCACUUCUUGUGGAGAUGGUCCAGCUGCUGCCUCCUUCUCUGGCGAAUCCACACCCUCUCUACCUGUUGCUAGGAGACCUGGCCAUGACCAAUCAGAAAGCUCGACACGUGUUCUCACACAAAUUGUGGCUUGCGAGGUUGCCUAGCAAUGAGAACGCAGCCUACAAUCUGAUUGGCUACCUGAUGAGUUGGGAGGCAGGGCAGGACCUGCUGGGUCAGUCGCUGAGGUCGGCAAUGGGGGUGUGGUCAGAGGGCGGAGCUGUGAGGAAGAUGGACAGCAGACAACACAUGUGGCUGUGUCGACUGCUGGUCCUUGGAACAACCUGUCUGGCUUCCCAUCUGACUCCGCCCACUUCCACAGUGCUGAAGGAGGGGGUGAUGAGAGGUCUUCAGAGCCACCUGGACACACCUGUGCCUGGAGUGAGGGAGCGAGGAAUGGCCACUGGGCAGUGCCUCAUCAACACCCUCCACUCCAGACCCUCAGAACAACAACUACACUUUGACCUUGGGGAAAACCCCGAGGUGGAAUCCAUACUUCAGCUGGCAGAGCCAGUGGCAGAGCAGCAGGAGAGGCUUUGUGCUAACCUCCCUCCUCCUCCACCUCCUCCUUCUCCAUCUCCUGUCCAUGAAGAAAGAGAGGAAGUUGGUCAGAGCUGUGCAUCAGGUCUGGUGAGAGUGACUGAGGCUGGAGACUCCGAGAGGCAAGUCUUCUUUCUCAACCUCUCUCCCUCACCUUUCUCCCUCUCUUUUUCCAUUAGUGAUGACGAUCUCGAGCCUUACGACAUGUCACAUGAUCCAGACAAUACCCAGACUCCGCCUCCUCAUUACUUGCUGGACUGUCUGAGUGGUAAGAGACAAAGUCGGUGUGGUCUCAGUUUGACUCCUCCCACUGCAGUGUUGGUGUCUCCCACUGAGAGAGGACCAGUCGAGGCAGCUCUCUCCUCCCUCCCGUCUCUCAUCUCUCGUGAACCCUCUGACCUCUCUGAGGUGUGUGUGGAUCUAGGGAGAGCUCUGGUCCACCUCCAGGACAGCUGGGACCUCCCCUCCUUCACUGCCCUCCGACACUCCGCCCUUGUCUCCUUGACAAUUGCCAGACCACGCCUCCUCGCUCCAUUUCUUGUGACGGAGUUUUAUUCUCCCAACCACAACCUGCGCCAGAGACUAGAUAUACUGGAGGUAAUAUCGUCAGGGGCAACCCAGCUCUCCUCGCCCUCCACUGACGUCACACCCUCACCAUCUCCUCCUCCCCCUACACCUGGGAAACCAUGGCAACAGGAGGUGGAGGAGAGGCUCAAGGCGAAGACUAGAAUCAUAUCAAAGGGUCCGAGAGCCCCACCUCCCACUGCUACCCCCAGUAGAUUUUCAGCAGUGGCUCCACUCUUCUUCUACCCUCUGAUUGCUCCAUACGACAGGGCCCUCCCCUCACUGGACCUACUGGGCAGAGACAGUCUGUUGCUAGGACACCUGGUGCGGGUACUGGGGAAUGUGGCAUGGUGUGCAUGCCACGCCCCCUGUCAGCCAGCCAUGGCUCGGAGCCUCCUGGAGUUCUUGUGGGCCGUCAGAUACCACAACUCAAGUUUUGUGCGCCAGGCUGUACUCUGUGCACUCAACAUGGCAGUAGUGGCCACGCCCACUAAUUACCUGUUGACUGACAUGCACGAAGCCUUAGCAGAGACCAUGCUGUGGGUACAAGAUGUAAGCAGCAGCGAUGGGGAUGAUGAUGUAAGAGAAUUAGCUGCCCGUUCCCUCUCAAUUCUGGCCCAAGUCACAGCGGAGAACACCUAG